CUAGACUAGAGAGUCUAGGCAAUAGCAUAACUGCUCUGAACUCAAAACGAGGGAAGAGUAAAGUUUCGGUGGAAGUCUGGAAGACGAGGAAUUAGUGAUAAACAAGAAGAAAUUAAGGAUUGGGUUUGGUGAUUUGAGGAUUAUAUCAAUCUAUGUUUUGAACUAAAUUAGAGAAAGAAGAGGAGGAAGGGCAUUUGGAAUUAUUUUUGGGUUCUGGGAAUAGAUGAUGGUGAUUGAAAAUAAAAUUGAUAGUUAGGGUUUAGAAGUUCAAUUGAGGCAAAACAAGAAAUCAAGAUCCACUGCUUCAAUCUAAGAGUUUGGUUUAAGAAAACUUUUGAGAAAUUUUCUUUUCUUCAAAUGCACCAAAUAUCUCGAGCAGUUGUGAAGCCAAUUACACUUCUAAAUAUUUUACGCAUCAUCAGAUGUGGCAUUGAAUGAACAUAAGACUAAGAACAGGUAUGUUUAUAUUAGGAGGGGAUAGAAGAUAGAACACGUAAUAGAAAUAGAAGAAAAGAAUUGGGGGAAAUCAUAGAUGUGUGAUAAGAUCAACUGACCAAGGACAAGGAAUUUCAACUUUUUGUAUUUCCUUGUUUUUCUUCUGUAUGAACAACAGAACAACUAAUCUGUUUUUUCACUUGUUCUUUUCAUUUCUUUUUGUAAGAAAAAGAUCUGCAGACUGCAGUACUUAAAAGUCUUGAUUCAACUGUUACAAAAAUUAGUUUUUUUUAGUUACUUUUGAUUUUAUUAUCGGAAACGGAUAACUAUAGGAUAUUAUCGAAUAUCCGUUACGCUUAACGGAACAGAUACGGGAUAGCCACUAUCCGUUCCGAUAAGUACCGUUGACAGCCCUAUUCAGCUCAGAUAAUCAUGAAUGUUUCAAUAAUCGAUCCUUUGCAGGGAGAUUUUCCUGAAGUCAUUGAGGAGUUUUUGGAACAUGGGGUUAUGAAAUGUAUUGCAUUCAACCGUAGGGGAACUCUUCUCGCUGCUGGGUGCUCAGAUGGAAGCUGCAUUAUUUGGGAUUUUGAGACAAGGGGAAUAGCCAAGGAACUUAAAGACUCAGAGUGUAAAACUCCUGUCACAAGCGUUUGUUGGUCAAAGUAUGGUCAUCACAUACUUGUAGCAGCCAUUGACAAAUCCUUAACACUUUGGAAUGUUGUCAAUGGAGAGAAAGUAACGCGCAUAACUCUGCAGCAGACUACACUUCAGGCUUGUCUGCAUCCUGGAUCUCACACACCAUCCGUCUGCCUUGCAUGCCCUCUCUCUUCUGCUCCACUCCUUGUUGAACUAAACACUGGAAACACUAAAGUGCUACCAGUGUCACUAUCUGAUUUGGAUAGUGGUGCUGUUUCCUCCCGCAACAAGUUUUCAGAUGGAUCUGCUCCUUUAACCCCAACAUCUGCUUGCUUUAACAAGUACGGAGAUCUAAUUUUUGUAGGGAACUCCAAAGGUGAAAUACUAAUUAUUGAUUACCAGAAAGUUGAAUUAUACGGAGUUGUCGUCAAUUCAGGUGCUGCUGUUAUCAAGAGUAUUUCAUUUAGUAGGAAUGGGCUGUAUCUUCUUACAAACUCAAACGAUCGCACCAUUCGGGUUUAUGAGAAUCAUCUUUCUCAAAAAGAUGGAGUUAAAGCCCUUGACGAAUUACGUACUAGCUUCGAUGAUCUUCAGGGUGUUGAGAAAUUGAAGGCAGUGGGAUCUAAAUGCCUAGCACUUUCUCGGGAGUUUCAAGAUUCAAUAAAUAGGAUACAUUGGAAAGCACCUUGUUUCAGUGGCGAUGGUGAGUGGGUAGUUGGGGCUUCUGGUAAUAAAGGAGAGCAUAAGAUAUAUAUCUGGGAUAGGGCUGGACAUCUUGUGAAGAUUUUAGAAGGUCCUAAAGAAGCAUUGACAGAUCUAGCAUGGCAUCCAGUAAACUCCAUUGUGGUCUCAGUUUCUAUAUCUGGGUUGGUCUAUAUUUGGGCGAAAGACUAUACUGAGAACUGGAGCGCAUUUGCUCCCGACUUCAAAGAGUUAGAGGAAAAUGAAGAAUAUGUUGAGCGGGAAGAUGAAUUUGAUUUGAUGCCUGAAACUGAAAAGGUGAAACAUUCAGGUGUGAACGAAGAUGAAGACGUUGAUAUCCUGACCGUGGAGAAGGAGUCAGCUUUAAGUGAUUCAGAUAUGUCACAGGAAGAGCUGUGUUUCUUACCAGCAGUGCCUUCUCCUGACGUUCUUGAUCUUCAAGACAAGUAUGUUCGGAGUUCAUCGAAAAUGAUCGAUAGCGAUCACUCUGGUUCUCCACUCUCUAAUGAGGCUGGUCAGGAUGGGCAUGGAGUAAAGCUUGAUUCAAGUCCAGUAGACGCAUUAGGUAAUUUAAUUGCAGAUGAUACAGGUGCAACUACUGCAUCCAUGAAGAGAAAACGGAAACUGUCAGAGAAGGGGUUGGAGUUGCAACAGGCAGAGAAAGUGCGAAAGCCAUUAAAAAAACCUAUCAAAUCUUUUGGUGGCAAGAUAUUGAAAAACCGAAAUAAAUCUGUUGAUGAAUAUUUGUCUGCAGAUGAUGAAACUGACUGAGUAAAUUAAUGGCAAUUCUUAACUUCUUAGUUUUGUAUCCAAUAUUAUAUUAUCAGUUUUCCACUUGCUUUUCAUGUGGGGAACUUUUCUUAAAUGAAAGGUCGAUUCAGAUA